AAAGCCAGCAAAAUUUCACACUACAGCAAGUUAUGAAAUUAUUAUGUCUUUUGUAAAGAAUAAAUAAAAAAAAGGAAAAUUUUCCAUUUUCCUGUUCUUUACUCUUCUACCCUGACAUUCUGACUGAUCAUGACCUUGCACUUUCAGAGUUAAAAAGAUUAGCGAACCCAUAUUCGCCGUUAUUCAAUUUCUCUUACGUUUUGCUGCUGGUUUUGUUUGCUGAGUCCGUCGACCCUCUGUCUAAGCUUUUGGAUUUCUUCCAACUAAAAAGUUUGUGGUUUUGCUUUCUACCUACAAAGCAGUGUAAAAAAGAUUGACAAGAUGGCCUAUGAGAUAGAUGAGAUAAAAAAGGUUGGCUUGGGUCUUAUCGGGUUUGGCAUCAUCUUUACGUUAUUCGGUGUAAUUCUUUUCUUUGACAGAGGUUUGCUAGCUCUAGGGAAUAUUUUUUGGUUGGCUGGAGUAGCUCUGUUGCUUGGUUGGCGCUCUAUGUUGAGACUUUUCAUUAACAGAGCAAAUUACAAGGGAACUGCAGCUUUUGUUCUUGGGCUUUUUUUCCUUUUUGUUCGGUUUCCAAUAGUUGGUAUAAUCUUGGAAAUAUAUGGUUGUAUUGUUCUCUUUGGUGGUUUUUGGCCAUCUGUGAAGGUGUUCCUCUAUGAAAUUCCAAUUGUGGGAUGGAUAAUAAGGUUCCUAUUCUGAUUCUUCCUCAUCCGUCACGGAGCUUUGAUUGGUCGGUUAUUCUAACUCUAGGCAACUGUUUGAAAGAUGACAACUCAGAUGAUCAUAAAAGAGAAUGGUAAUGCUUCCAUAGAGUAUGAAGAGGUGGAAAUGGGCAGGUUUAAGUUUUAUCUGUUUAUCACUUACUUCACACUUUUGUCAUAUGCGAAAGAAGAUGAAAGCAUGUAUAGAAUUCAUCAUUUUCACGCUUUUCAACCAAGCUUUAUGUCUGUGCUAAUUAAACAAUUUGGUUUUAGAAACUUAAAAAUAGUUGUUGAACUAUAGGAUUGCAUAAAGCUGAUUAACAAAAGUAUGAUGGAGUAUAUAGAAUCUUAAGAUUUAAUUUUAUCAUUUAUUUAAUUAGUUAUUUUUCUUUUUUA